AUGACAGACCGAAGGCCGGCCCUCACCCUCCCUCUUCCGGAUCGGGAACCAUGUGACCCUCAACGACCUCAGUCUUCACUCCAAAGCCCACCAAUUCGCAGCCCUCGAUUUCAUGAAGACUUCGAUGCACCAUUCUCAGAGGACAUUAUGAACGCUUCCAGGACAACUCUCGCCACCGAUACCAUGAGUUACCCUUCAACUGGUACAACUAGUCGCAAUAGCUUUGGAUACGAUGGCGACCAAGCACCACCUUAUCUCCGCAACGCCUCGUGGGAGUCAGAGACCAAGCGUCGCUCAAAGGUUAACGACCGUAUCCUGGAGUGGGCCAAGAAGUCGUGGGGUGCUGUCCGAACUCGCUCCGAAUCCAAGAUGGACUACUUCGACAGUCAUUCUGCACAAAGUCCAACCAGCGACAUGAUGUCACCUUCGUCAGAUAACAUCACCCCAUCAGAGCCCGAUGGCUCUCAGACAGUCAACGACUACUCUCGAGCUGUUGUUACCGUCACUGGAAUGGCCGGCUCAAAGUCUGGAUCGAAGUGA